CAGCAGAGCCCGGAGGAGAGAGGAGCUGUGCUGCUGCCUCUGCCUCCAGGCCCGCUUCUCCGGCUGCUCCCAAUGUGCCUCUGAUGCCCGGCCGGCCGGCAGGAUGGGGCAGGUGGCCUGGAAGGCGCUGUGCUUGUCGCUCUUCGACUAAAAGACCGAGAAGUAUGUCAUUGCCAAGAACAAGAAGGUGGGGGUCCUCUACCGGGUGGUCCAGCUCUCCAUCAUGGCCUACAUCGUGGGGUGGGUCUUUGUGGUCAAGAAAGGGUACCAAGACGUGGAUACCUCCAUCCAGAGCUCCGUCAUCACCAAGUUAAAAGGCGUGGCCUUCACCAACACGUCCGAGCUGGGUGAGAGGAUCUGGGACGUCGCGGACUACGUCAUUCCCCCACAGGGUGAAAGUGUCUUCUUCAUAAUGACCAACUUGAUAGUCACCCCAAACCAGCAACAGGCCACCUGUGCGGAGAGUUCCAGCGUCCCGGAUACGCUCUGUUAUCGGGACCAGGACUGUCCUGCUGGGGAAGCCGUGGUUGCUGGCAACGGAGUCAAGAUGGGUCGCUGCCUGAAGGUCGGGAGUAACAUGAGUGGGACCUGCGAGAUCUUAGCGUGGUGUCCAGUGGAGAAGAAAGGCAAAUCCAAGAAACCUCUUCUGGCCAAUGCUGAGAACUUCACGGUUUACAUCAAGAAUGCCAUCCGGUUCCCCAAGUUCAAAUUCUCCAAGACCAACGUUCUGGACACUGAAGACGAUGCCUACUUGAAAACGUGCCGCUACGGAUUGGAACAACCUUAUUACCCCAUAUUCCGCCUGGGAAACCUCAUCCGCUGGGCUGGGAGCGACUUCCAGGAAAUGGGGUCGGAGGGUGGUGUGAUAGGAAUUCAGAUUGAGUGGAACUGUGACCUGGACAAAGCUCCCACUGCCUGCAACCCUCACUAUUCCUUUAGCCGUCUGGAUAGCAAGUUUGCGGAGAAAGCCAUUGCGUCCGGAUACAACUUCAGAUUUGCCAAGUAUUACAGGGACGCCAACAACACUGAUUUUCGCACCCUGAUCAAGGCUUAUGGCAUCCGCUUUGACGUUAUGGUGAACGGCAAGGCAGGGAAAUUUAACAUCAUCCCAACCGUAAUCAACGUGGGAUCAGGCCUUGCACUGAUGGGCGCAGGGGCUUUCUUCUGUGACUUGGUGCUGCUGUACUUGAUCAAAAAGAGCAACUUCUACCGAGGCAAAAAAUAUGAAGAGUGAGGUCAAGCAUCCGGAAGCCCUUGCCGGAAAGCACAGCCAACGGAGAGCAGAGUGUGGAUUCGCUGUCCCGGCUGGAUCAGCUGAGACACCUGGAGACGGUGGAGACCUAACCCUGUGGGACGGCUGAUCAGAAGCCACAUUCCCCAAAGACCAAAGGAAAUGGUCUCGAUGAAGCGGGAGCCAUGCUGUACCCAUCAUGGGUGAAUGCAGAAAGCGGUCCGCUUCAGCCCUUUCCGCAUCAAAGCUCCCGACGCCUUACUUUUCCUGAGCGAGAUUCUGCGGUACCCUGAGCCUCGAAUCCAUACAGGAUUUCACUCGUUUGUACAAUUCCAGAAGAAGCCAAGACAACUCU